ACCGGUCUUCAGGCACGGCUGCAGCCCAACCUAGGGGGCAGUGUGAGGCCGGGUGCUCCUUGCACAGCGCUCCUUUCCCUGGAUCCCUGAAGUGCACAACGCUAUCUUCUUGCCCCCUUGGUCUUGCGGCCUUGGUGAGGACACAGAGCUUGUCCCAGAAGCCCAGACUCCAGGGCUGCUGGGGACCCGCUGGUCUUGACCACCCUGCAGCCCUUCUCCAGUUGCCCUUGCUGCCUCCCCUGUGAUAACCCACUCAUUCCUGAUACCCUGGCCUCUCCAUGGUGACUCAGCACUGUGAAUCACGGCUCUGGGAACGUGUGGGUCUGAUCUGUGCUGCAUCACCAUCGGGGUUCAGCCUGGGAGCUCAUCUCAGUGGUCCCUCAGCCUCUCACAGAAGGAGAAGGCAUCCCGUUCCCAGUGCUGUGGCCUGAAACCUGAUGCUACCAGUCGUGUGCCCCUUUGUUCUCAAGGGUUGGCAACUGCCCUGGGCAAACGCUGAGUCCUGGCUUUGAACCUCAGCGCCUCACACCCUGGAUGAACUGCUUCACCUUAGGGUUCGCCCUUGUGAUCUGGUGGAGGUCGCCUCUCCCUGUGCUUUGCGGGCACCUGGAAGUGAAUUUUGAGUUCCAAGGGUAGGGAGAACAAUCACAGAAAUGCUGAAUGAAGUAGUGAACACACCGUCUCUCCUGCAGUCAUCGUGUCAAGAGGAACUCCACAUCCUCAGCAGCACACAAGAGCACAGCUGCAUUCGCAUCAGCAGGCUGGGGUGCCUGUGGGGUUUGUUCUAGGGAUCAGGUGCACUCCUGGAACUCCUCUUUCAGCACCAAUGGAACGGACAGCGCCAGCCUGUCAGGUGCUUGUUUCGAGACCUGACGAACAAUAGAGAUGCAGUUUUGGUUCCUGGGUAAUCACCUCACACAUCACCAAAAUCUCAGCACUAGGGCUUGGUCUGCGGCUCUCCAGAAGCUGUCCAGAAAGUUCUUUAGCUGAAGCCAUCACCCUGUGACAAGGACUUGGGCAUCUGUCUUCUUGUUGCCUGGUGUCCCCAGUGUGACUGUGUGAGCCGCUUGCUGAGCACCGUGCAGACCUGGGCUGAGGCAGCGCCAUGUCCCCUGGCCUUGCUCUGCUGCUUGGACUUGUGUCUGCUCUGGAGCAGAGGAUCUGGGCUCGCAGUGACUCAUCGUCCCAGCCCUGCAUCUGGGCAGUGCCGGGAGCUGUGAUUCCCCAGGAUGGUUCUGUGAGCAUCUUCUGCAGGGCUCCUCCAGGGGUGACCACAGUGCGUCUACACCAUGAAGCACCUGGAGGACAGUGGUAUGACAGAGAGCCAGAGGGAACCCAAGAAACGGUGCACUUCUCCCUGCUGGAUGUGAAGUACUUCGAUGCAGGGAUUUAUUCCUGUGAAUACUUCAAGGGAGGAGACUGGUCACGAUGCAACGAGUCACUGGAGCUGGUGGUCACAGGUGCCUACCAGGACAAGCCAUCCCUGGCUGCUCACCCAGCCGCCCAGGUGGCCUCAGGGGGAACCGUGACUCUCCGGUGUCAGCCACUCUACUCCUAUGACACCUACGUCCUGUGCAGGGGAGGAGGAGCUUCCUUCCCCCAGGACUGUUCUCACCAGCACCACAGCUCCUUCCUCAUCGCCCCUGUGAGCCUGGAUCAGGCCGGGACCUACACCUGCUAUGGCUCCCAUAACCACAGCCCCCAGCAAUGGUCCCUGCCCAGCGACCCUCUCCAGCUCUCUGUCACACGUCCGGCUGUUCCCAUUGUGAUUUCGGCCUCAGCUGCUGCCGCCGCCUUCCUUCUCCUUGUCCUGCUCCUCCUCCUCCUCCUCCUCUGCCUACGCAGGCGUCGGGCCAAGCGCAGGGCUGCUUGUGAUGGGACCAAAGGCCACAUGAGGCACAGCAGCUCCAGCCCACCCGUGCAGGUCCAGGGAGAAGACACAGGUGAUGGCUUGCAGGACGCUGAGCCUGAGGCGGACAGACAGCGGGACACACAGGUGAGCCCUUCCCUCCGCCUCCUCCCUUUGCAGCCACACCCAGGCAUUGCUGCACACCUUGUCUCUGGACGCCAGGUCCCUGCGGCGGCGGCGGAGGACCCACAGGAGGUGACCUACGCCCAGCUGCACCCAACGAGGCUCAGGGCAGGUGUGGACCCGCUUCCGCCCCGGGACCCUGAGCCUCCAUCCACACAGCCCUGUGUGUACGCCACCCUCACCUUGUCCUGAGAGCGCAGCUGGAGCGGCUGGCGUGGACGGUGCGCCUCAGCCCGGCUCCGCAGAGCGUGCCGCCCACGCCCCGCAAGCCCAACGCUCAGGCUAGAGGCCCUCAAAAACUCAGGAGAGAAGCGCUGUCAGCUGUGAGGAAAUUCUGGGGCUCCUCGCCCUUCUCGGGGCAGAUUCCAGACUCACCGCACGUUCACCCCCUGGCUGCGCAUCCACCGCGAGCUGACGGAUGCCGACUCUCUCCUCCGACCUGUGGGGGUGGUGUGCAGAUUAGCAGGACCUGGGAACCUACCCUUUGCCGCGGGAGGCGAGCCUCGCCAUCCAGGCCUCAGAGCGCGAAGCUGGGGCGCCUGCCGGAGCACGUGCAAAGACUCUGGGUUUCUGAACCGGCAACGCCAUUGGGGUGUGGGUAAGGGGACCCCCGGGCGCCAAGCGGAAGUCAAGAAGCACGCGGCCUUCGCCCCGCGGCUCGGGACUGCGGCGGUGCUGCGGUAGCACGGGAGCGUGGGCGGCCGCGAGGAAGAAGCGUCGCUUGUUCGGGGAAUUCCGAGAGGAGAGCCGGGCGGUCGCGGUAGCUCCGUUUGUAAUUUCUGCAGGGACCUUCAUCCUGUCUUCCAUACCGGCCUCGGCGGGGAAGGGCUCCCUUGUCUCCACCCCGCACCGACCCCUGUUUUUCCCCUCUGUGGGUACCGACAUCCUGAUGGGCGUGGGCGACACCGCCUGGUGGUUUGCUUUUAGUUUCAUCCAACGCUUAGUGCUGUCCAGCACCUUUUCCUGCACCUGGUGGCCAGUUCUAGGCCUUGUUUGAAAAACUAAAUAAAAUUCAGGUCUUUUGCCCGUUUUGAAA